GAUGGAGGUGCUGGUACUGGUGGCAUCAACGUGCGGCUUACACGUGGGCAUCAGUCAUUAGUGAAUUUAAUUUAAACGGUUGAAGAAACAAUACGAUACAAUACAAUAUAAUACGAGAAAAAAAAUUUAUAUCACCUUAUCUCCAGUAGUUUAACUCAUUCUAGCUCGAGUGCCACAUGUACAUUAAACAUUUUUAAUUGCAGUGGUUUAUAAUUAAAAUUAUUCAUUUAUUCAAAAAAAAUAAAAUAAAAUUCUGUCAAAAUGCGAGUAAAUAUUUUAAUGCUAAUUUUGUGUUUUGUCUUAACAAAUGCACAGUACGAUUUUGACAACGGGGAAGUUUACGCACACGAAUUGAAAUGCGUUGUUUGUAGGGCAACUGUCAAAGAGAUAGAAAAUGCUUUAGGACAAAUAGAUCCCGCUCAUCAAAUUGAAGUUGGAAGUCGUAUUGACGCUCAGGGAAAUAUGAUUAAAAAAAAGGUACCAAUGAUUAAAUCAGAAACUCAUUUUUCUGAAUUAUUGGAGAACGUUUGCGUUAAACUAGACGACUACGUCCGUGCCAGAUAUAAAUCUAAUGGAAAGCUGACGAUAUUUAAUUUAAUAUCACCAACUGGUGGUAUGAAUCCUGACAUGAGUAAAGUUAAAAUUGUCCAGGAUAGUGACCUCAAUAAAAGUCUGCGGUUUACCUGUGAAGAAAUAAUUGUCGAGAAUGAGGAUUACAUAGCGAGUAUUUUCAACAAGGGAAGUUCUGAUGCCGUUAAUCAAAUCUGUACACGAUCGCUGGGUCUUUGUAAAGACUUUGAUUCUGAUAACCAAUCUGACAGCGAAAAUUACGACGACUAUGAUAGUGAUCACAAUGAUGAACUCUGAUAGAUAUUUUUGUUUUACUUAAAGUAUAUUUAUAUUUUUAGCCGGUAAUGAUAAUAACCACGUAUAGUUAAUUAUUUUAAAAAUAAUUAUCAGAGAUCGAAAAUGAGGAAUGUAUUUUUGAAUUUAACAAAGUUUACAUAAAAAUGAAUGAAUUAA